ACAGCUGAGCUGAUAACCAAGUUCGCUGCCCUCCUCCUCUAGAUAGUCUGUUGUUGUUUACUUAGAAAUUGGAAUUUCGGUGAACAAAUUAUAACAAGAUGAUCUUACCUACCAGAAGGAAAUUAGUGUUUUUAAUGUUCAUCUUCACUGUGGCAGCGGCAGUACCCAAACCAGAUGAGGCUGACAAAAAAGAACGAACUUUAGAAAAGGACUUGAGUGACAAGAAGCACUAUGAAAAUGAGGGACACAAUGUUGAGUACGACCAUGAAGCUUUUUUGGGUGAAGAGGCAAAGACAUUUGAUCAACUCACACCUGAAGAAAGCCGAAGGAGACUUUCGCUGAUAGUGGACAAAAUAGACUCGGACGGAGAUGGCUUUGUGAGUCAGGAGGAGCUAAAGGACUGGAUCCGUUACACACAACGACGAUACAUUCUGGAUGAUGUGGACCGACAGUGGAAAACCCAUAAUCCGGAGGAUAAAGAGAAGAUAUCCUGGGAGGAGUACAAGAAGAUGCUCUAUGGAUUUAUGGAUGACAUGGAUGCCAGUGAGCAGGAGAAGGAUGAGGAGGGCUUCUCGUACGCAGCAAUGCAAAAGCGUGACCGGCGACGUUGGGCUGUGGCUGACCUUGACACUGAUGACUUGCUGACCAAGGACGAGUUUGCUGCGUUUCUGCACCCUGAGGAAACGGGGCAUAUGCGAGAUGUGGUUGUUCUGGAGACCAUGGAAGACAUUGACAAGGACAAAGAUGGCAAGAUCUCUCUGGACGAAUAUAUUGGUGACAUGUACCGAGGCUCAGAGGCCGACACAGAGCCUGAGUGGGUCCAGAAUGAGAAGGAGCAGUUCAGUCAGUACCGUGACAAGGAUGGAGAUGGCUUCAUGGACAGGGAGGAGGUGAAGAACUGGAUCAUCCCGCCAGACUUUGACCAUGCUGAGGCGGAGGCCCGCCAUCUCAUCUACGAGAGUGACUCGGACGGUGAUUCCAAGCUGACCAAGGAUGAGAUCCUCGGCAAGUACGAUCUGUUCGUGGGCUCCCAGGCCACCGACUUCGGUGAGGCUCUUGCAAGACACGACGAGUUCUAACGUGUGGCCACCGGCCAGUCUGACGUCCCACCACUCUCGCUUAGUGUCCUUUCAACAGUAACUGUGUAGUAGAAUUCCACUUACCCAAAGCCUGGUGACUUUAAUUCCUAUUUAUCCUAAUCAAUUAUUGUACAAAGAUAUAUAAAAUUCCUUAAGUGUCCAUUUCUAUAGUUUUGAGCUGAUAAGAAGUGGCGGGUGGAGAUGUACGGGGAAGAUUAUAGUGUACUGCAUGACCAGUAAUGGCACUGGUCUACUUGCAACUAUAAUGUUCCUUUUCACUAUCUCCCCCCCCCCCUUCACAGGUGACAACUCUCAUCUUCCGCUCUUCAUUAUGCACUUAUUGUUGUAGUUCAAAACUAUUUAAAUGAACUUAUCACUUUGUGAUUUUGUAUUAUUUUAAACUUGAUUUGUAAUAAUGUAGAUCUACUUUGUGUUUUUAUAUUCAGUUUCAUUGCCUUUUACCUUUUUCUACGCGCAAUGAUAUUUUUUCUUACCCUGCUAAAUCCACCAUCCAAAUGUCUGCAAUUAAAAAUCAGCCCUAUCCUAAAAUUGGAUAAUUGGAGUUCUGCCAUUGUUUUUAUAUUUACACAUUUACUGUUACUAGCUCUUAGUAUUUGAAUUCUCAUUUUAAUAUUUAGUUUUUACUGCAUUUUUGUGUAGUCGUGAUAAUUUAUUACAGUAAUUUGUGUUUGUAAAAACUCAUUACGUGUUAUAACUCAUUAUCAUCGAUAAGAAAUUUAGGUUAACAGCUACAAAUUUUGUUAGUUGUUUUAUACAAGUCUGAUGACAAAGUUGUCUGUUCAACUUUAGUUGUAAGUUCUAGUACUAAUAGAAACACUAUAGUUUGUAUUUAAUAUUACAAGGAACACGAUACACUAACAUUGUUUUACGUAACGAUAAUUUAUAAAACUACUAUAAUGUUAUAACGUCAUUCUAGGACUGAAAAGUGAUAAACAUCAUUGCAUAUUGAGUUAUAUUUUAAUAUAGUAUUUUAUCGUACUUAAUUAAAAAAGUAAUGUAUACAGACUUAAAUUUUAACUUUCAGUAGAAUUAAAUAAGAAUUGAACUUGGGGGGAGCAUGUAUUGAGACAGAACGCUAGUAAGCUACGGGCCACGCAUCCGAGGCACCUAUUUUUUAGCAAGAGAUUAAAGUUUAAAACUGCGUUAUAAAAUAAGAAUUUGUCUCAAAUCCACAAAGAUUUCACUUCAGAAAUUUAAGAGGAUAGUUUUUUCAACCUCCGAUCCCACACCAUGACGGCCAGACACGUGGCAGGUCCGCGGUGUGCGCAGUAGUCGAAUGCGCGUCUUUCCCACUACAUUUGUCACUGCCGAGUUCAAGUAGCUAGUUUGCCCUGAGCUGUCAUAGUGUGAGAUUGGAGGUUGAAAAAGAAACGGCUCUUGUAGAUUUUAGUGUCUCAAUAGUAAUGAAUUGUUAAAAAUAUGAUUAUCUGUUAAUACUAUUUUUUUAUAAUUUAUAUUCAGUAUAAAUUCUCCCAUAAGAAAUUUCAUAUUGGAUAUAAAUAAUAAGCAAUUAUUAUUAACCCUCCGAGUGCCACAGCUUUUUUUGCGUUUUUACAGUUCUCUUUUUAAAAAAACGUAUAAAAUACAAUUUUGUAAUUAAAUUGUUCAUGUUGUAUAUCAAUGUAUUCAAAAAACAAUAAGGAAUAAAAGAAGUAUAACAGAAUUGUACUUCCCCUCUGGCUGUUCAGGUAUGUAGCCCUCCGAAGUAAAAUAAAAUUUUCACAAUUUUAUCAUGUCCUAACAUCCACGACUCAAGAUUUCACUAUGUACACAAAAACAGUUUCAAAAUAGCCAUUUUAUUCCAAAUUUAAUAAGUUUUACAAAUAUGUAAACUUUGUUUAUAUUUAAACUAAAAACCAAACUAUAAAAUUGAAAAAAUCAAAUGUAUAUACACAAUUUUUUCCCUGAGUUUUACUCUGAGUGUCUGCUUUGUGAUGCCUUUCUUUUUCUCUCAGGCCUAAGGGGUCUCCAGAAAUGUUCAAAUAAGUGGAAACAUUCCCUGGACACACCUGUAUUACAGCCAGGGCACCAAAAUCUGCUUCGGCCUUUCUUUUUGCUUUCGCAAACUGUGCACUGGCGUAAUUUGACCCUAGCUUCAAAGUUCAUUAGGGUCCGGUUUGUACUCUUCACCACUGCCACUUGAAAAAUCGCGAAGUGAAAUGUCUGAAAGUAUAUCAGGAGCUUCAAUAUCACUUGCAUCGUUUUCACUAGAUACAUAUUCAUCUAAAUCAUCCCGAAUUUCACUAGAAUGUUCCAAAGCAUCACAAUCCAUGUUUGAAAAUCACGCAAACACUGCAGUCAGCUGUCAAUGUAUCGUCAAAACAAAGUAUGACGUAAUGCACUGCCUCCACAAUUAUGCAUUGUCACGAUUAUAUGUACUAUAACAAAUCUUCAUCUUUCAAAUGAUACCGAAUUUGACUAUUUUGCUGCCAUUUUAAUAUUAAUAUAAUACAAAGCGCUGUUAUAUAGUCGCAGGCGCAACUUUGGCUGUUAUAAUAGGCACUAAUUAGUUGUGGCCGCGACGAAAAGCGCUCUGAGGGUUAACAGAUAAUCAUAUUUUUAACAAUUCAUUAAUACUUUGACAGUAAAAUCUAUGUUUAUAAAGUGAAACAUUCAUGAAUAUAAGACAAGUUCCUAUUCAUAAAACAGUUUUAAACUUUGUUCUCGUGUGAAGCAACUAAUUAGCAAGCCCUCUGAAUAAAAGCUUUUCUAGAGCUCAAUCCCAUACCCCUUCUGAAGUAUUGACAUAUUAAAUAGUUGAACACAACUUAAAAAAUUAAGAUUUGCAGGUGGCUUUACUUAUUGCAGCUUUUUGUGUGUUAGGCCACUUUUAAUGUGCAGGUGGUGUCUAGUUUUUUUUUUUAAAUGUGAUAAAAUUAUUUUUUUUUUAAAUGUGAUAAAAUUAUUAUAAGUUCAAUUAAUGCGUUGUAGGCUUUUCUGUGUAGACUUUUAUUACUUUUAUUUACAUUUAAAUGUUUUAGAAACCAGGGACAAUUGAAUUUACUACUUAUAAUAACUUAAAGACUAUAACUCUAAGAGAACCAGAUCUUGUUGUGUGUGAUUUUGUAACGGCUGAUUUAAUAAAUAAUUUUGAAAUAACUUAAAUGCACAUUUUUGUGAUUAUUACGUUAACGUAACAGAGCUGGUAACGUAACUGGUUGAUAGUUAACAUAACAGAGCUGGUAAAGUAACUGGUUGAUAGUUAACGUUUAAAUGAAGGUCAUUUUGUAUGUAAUCGGCACAAACUGUCAAUUCCAGUUGUUAUAGCUUUAUUUAUGAUCUUAACUCGUUUUGUAUUGUGUAUUAAUUUUUAUAUUUUCUUGUAACUACAGUGUGUAACUAUGUAUUGUUGGUGUUACUUUGUCUAGUUUCCCGUAACACAUUCACUGUUGUAUGUGUCAGCUGCAGUCAAUGUGUGACGUGACUCAUGCUUGUUAAGAUUUAUUGUUAAUUAACGUCUUGUUUAAUAUUUUGUUCUCACUUUGUUUAAUUUCAUACAAGAACAUUACUCUGCUGCCAUUAGCUUUAUUGUAGGAUAAAAACGUUUCUUUGAUCAAUUCUAAUGCUGACAGUAUAUAUUUAAAUUGUUACUUACAUAUUGUUAUUAUAAGGUUUUGGUACUGCAUAAGUGUUUUACAUACAGGAAAACGAACAGCAUUCCUCAUGCCUUGUUUCCUAUUUUGAUCAAUGCCACUGUUGUCGAGCGAUGAACAAUAUUAUAUUCUAAGUUAGAGUAGCUGUGAAGUACCAAAGAGCUAAGAGUGCAUGAUGGGUGCAAGUUUAAGAAUGUGCCAUAGUCUUCCAUUAAUAUUAUUGUUGUAUUGCCUUUUAUUACUAUGGCUCUGUAUUUUUUAAUAAACCAGUGCUUACUUA